AUGAUGUUUCUUUACGACUCGACCGGGGAGGGUAGGCUGACGUAUGAAGACUUUCUCGAGUUAAUCUGUUAUGUGAGCGAUUUAAAAACGCGCUGUGAACAAAGCCAGAAGGACAAAAUGAAAGAAAGCGACUCGCGGAAAAUACUCCCGAAGAUUCGAUGCUCCGUGACGGAAACGCCGGACUGCAACCUCGCACCGUUAACAACACCAUCACUCCCAGAAACAUCAAAAUCGCCCACCCCAGCUGUCUUUAGUAUGAUCACACCAAGCGACUCCCCCGCGCCUGGAGUCACGCCAGGGUUGAACCCCGCCACGUUACUUCAAAUGCCACCCAACAGUGUUACUCCGACUCCCGGUGCUAAGGGUGAAGUUAAUGUGUCUCAAAUACCAUCUCAAGAGAUGUCGCUGUUGUGGUCGUUGUUUGAUCAAGAGAUGAAACAUCGAUUUUUGAGUGUAGUAGAGAACACACAAAAGUAUAAGGCGUUCACCUGUUACUUGUUCAAUUUGACGGACACGAAAAAGGACGGGAAGAUCGAUAUCGAGGAUUUGGAAUUCAUCCUUGAAGUGCUCUACGACGACGGAAUCACUAUUGAAAAUUUACUGUACGAGUGCCCACAAAGUCGACCACAGAGUGUCGAAGAAGAGGCACAGAUGAUAUUCCAGACGUAUUCAUAUAAGAACAAAUCGUUUCUUUGUCAGGCGGAGUUCUCGUUCUUGGCGAAUAUGAUAAUGAAGAAUUACCGCCUGAAAGCAGAGGGGAACAGCAUCCGACUCGUCGGGGACUAUGAACUUCAGAGGAAAUUGGGAGAAGGGAGUGAGGGGUGUGUCCGACUUGCUAUCAAUCGCCGCACUGGGGAGAAAAAGGCGAUCAAGAUCUUCAACAAGAACUCGCAGAUCAAUUUGGAGCACCUUGAAAAUGAAAUUUCGAGUCUGCGCAAAUUGAAUCAUCCGAAUAUCGUACGACUCGAUGAGGUCAUUGAAAAUGAUGACCAACUCUAUUUUGUCAUGGAGUUGUGUCCCGGGGGAAGUCUUGCGGAACAUAUUGCAAUAGCACCGUUCUCUAUUCCCGUUGCUCGAAACUUCUUUAAACAGCUUUUGAGUGGUGUCAAGUAUUGUCACGACAAUGGAAUAGUCCACAGAGACUUGAAACUUGAGAAUUUGAUAUUAGACCGCGAUGGCAUUAACUUGAAGAUCUGCGACUUUGGUCACAGUAGUUUUAUAGUGACUGAUUGGGACUUUGUGCAGAGUAAUGUUGUGGGAAGUUUAUAUCAUAUAGCUCCAGAGCAAUUACUUGACCACUGCUAUAGAGGUAAAAAGGCGGAUAUCUGGUCUAUUGGUGUUAUAUUAGUCAGAAUGUUAACGGGGAAGUAUCCGUUUUAUUCGAAAGACCCUGAAGAGACAGUCAAGAUGAUUAAAUAUGCUGUCUAUGUGUUACCAGACUCUGUUCCAAUGGAAGUGCAACAAUUACUGUCACAUAUCUUUGUUAUAGACCCGGAGAAGAGGUAUUCAAUUGAACAGAUAGAAGAGUCGAGUUUCACGAAGUGUGAUGUCUGUAUGCCAUUUUCAUUCACAAAGAAAACGAUUAUUAUAGAUUCGACACUCACGACGAUAGAUAACGCGUGGAACACUAUACACAAUAUAUUGGAAUCCAACGGCGUGAUGUGUAAAAACAACACGAGGAGCUGCUAUACGAUGUACUGUUUCCACCUCAAAAUGCAGAUGAAGUUUGUGUUGGGGUGUCGUGUCGGGCAGACGCCAAACUCAAACACCUAUUUGGAGUUUGCGAUGACCGACGGCGCUGGAAUUGACUUCCGAAACUUCAUCGAGACGAUUCGAAAACAAUUUGUUGAUAAAAUAGAGAAUGUCUGUCUUAUUUUGAAUGAGAAGUCCUUUGACUCCCUUUUACUUGAAAGCUCGCAGCCGCUCUUGACGAGCUUCAGGCGGUCGUAUGAGGAGUCCGUAGAGAAGAGUCGUGUGAGUGUUUUGUUAUGUGGGAAAGCUGGGUGUGGGAAGACAUCCUUGGCGCAACGAUUCUUUUCGAGUAACAUAGAAGUCGAUAGUGUACCUACAAAGUACUAUACGAAGUAUAUCCACCCACACAAAUCAAUUGUUUUGUACGACGCAAAGGGGAUUGAAAUGAAGACGAAAAACGACUUCUGGGAGGUCACGCGAAGCUUUUUGGAAGUCCACAAAAGCUCCGAACGAAUCCACUGUGUGUGGUAUGUAGUAGAUGCGACUGCGUCGCGGUUUGAUGUGAUGGAAGAGGAGAUCUGUCGUACGUUGUUUGACAUUCCGAUGGUCAUUAUUAUUAAUAAAGCAGAUUUGUUGUCUGACGAAGAGCUCACGAAGCUGAAGACUAAAAUUGAGAGUUACAAAUUUGAGAAGUGCGUUGGAGUAGUCACGACUAUCGGACUCCCACCAGAAAAGGUCCCGCGCGGGUCUGCAAAUAUAUGUAGUCGGUGUAAGUCGGACGAUAUCUGUGUGUUUGUGAAACAAAACGUAGUAUUUUGUAACGCGUGCGGAUAUGAACAGUCGAUCAUGGCAAGAACUAAUGUCGAUCAAUAUGAUAAAGUGAUUGACUUGACUAUUUCGAUGCUUCCCGAUGCGAUGAAAUCAAAUUUUGUCUCGGGCCAGUCCCUUUCAAUAACACGCAAAAUAGAAACUAGUAAGAAGCUUCUUCGGGAGUAUUAUAAAAGUCUUGGAACAAACAACGAAUACGAGUUAAAGCGGGUGUUACAGCUCUUGACUAAGUUGAACAAGUUGUGGGAUAUGGCGGACUUUCACACCGUCAAAGUCGCCUCGAAAGUCAUUCAAAAUUUCUUGUUGAGUAAAAAGGAUGUUGGGAAGACCAUUGCAAAUUUCUUUUGUGAUUCUCCCGUCUUUGAGCCCAAUGAAUUUACAGCCGUCUGUGUCGUGUGGGUGCAGUGUUUGACUGACUUGCAUUUCCAAAUGAUCCAAGAAGUCUUAAAUGGUGGGAAAGGGUAUGCAGACAACGACGCGUUAACGAAAAAGGUGAUGGACGCGUUUGUCAAAAUGCAAAAGAAUUAUGUAGAGACGGUGCAAGCUGAUUUGACGAAAAAUGGGAUUGAAAGUGUCUUGAAAAAGUUCUAA